GAAUCUCUUCCUCCUUCCCCCAUUUCCUAAUUUCCACCAUUUUCAUUUUCACUCCCUCUUUCCCCUUCUCCCUUACUUCUUCAAUUCUCUCUCUCUCUCUCUCUCUCUCUCUCUCUGGGUUUUUCUCUUCAUACCUUACCCAUCUCUCCCCUUUCGUCGCGCCGCUCAAUAUGGUGUUGAAGGAUGAGUGGUUGUGUGCCGCCAUGGCCGAUGAUAGCGUCGUCGUUGAGUUACUGGUUCGUCUCAAGCAGUCUCAAGCCUCCUCGUCGAUUAAAUCUCCGCUACCUACCGUUAUUCCGCCCAGAUGGGGUCUCAGACAACGCCGUUCCAGGAUUCUUUCCCCUUUCCGAUUCGAUGCCAUUGCUCACAAGAAUAAGGACUCCACCUCCACCAGAUGCAGCCCUACCACCCCUCUCUCUUGGAGUGGCGAUACAUCCCCUUCCGCCACCGCCGAUGGAUUCGAAGAGUCCAGCCAUCCAUCCGAAUUCUCCCACUCCUCCAGAUCCAAGGGGUGUGGUACUAAUGAAUUCAGUUCUAGCACUGCCAUGGCCAAGAGGUUAAAGAGAAGGAAGGCAUUGGCUGAUCUGAGAGUGGAGGAGUCUUUACUUUUGAAGGAAAGGGUACAUCUCAGAAAGGAGCUCGAAAGUUUACACGCAACGUUCAAGGAACAGACGACUAACAACGAGAAGUUGAAGAAAAUGAAGCUCAAUCUGAAUUUCAAUGCAUCAUCAGAUCAUCUUCGGGAUGAGUCGAAGCCAGUAGCUCCCAAUCAACAGUGCCAAAGUGUGGAUCCUACAACCGACAAUGUUCCUGCAACUUCACCAAUACAUACCGUCCCUGGAAAUGGUACACAAUCAGAAUUGCACGAGACACGGGAGAUAAAUUCAAUGGAAAGUGGUGGUUUCUUUUUACCAGAUCUUAAUAUGAUCCCAGCUGAAGACUGUCUCUGAAGCUCUCAUCAAUCAUGAGCUGAAGACAUGUUUUGACUCGUCAAGGACAUUACUUCGAGAGAAACGACUUGUCCCUCGCCAAAUGUAGAAUGAUUUACUGGAGGUCGUUUUUGAAAGAGAUUGACAGAGUCACGAGAAUUUCGAAACUGAGGACUUUCUUCUGUUGCCGUUACGAAAUUCGUUCGGGUAGAAUACCUUAUUGAAAUUCAUUUCAAUAUUGUAGGAUCAAACAUGUUUGAUUCUUUGUAGGUAAAAAGAAAAGCUAAUCAAAACUUGUUCUAUGCUGAAAUCUUCGCUCUCUAUUCAACCCAAUUCUUAUUAUAUUUUCAGGAAAGCCAUCUAACUGACAUUGGUUAAUGAUCAAUCGUCUCGAGCUCUGCUGCUGUUGUUAACAUUU